GCUUGAAAAGUGGCAUCAUCGUUUAAAUGUUGCAUCCAUUUGUUUGUCCGACCCGUUUUUAGCUAACUACGUAGAAUCCGCAUUACGCAUACGUAUACGCAUUACGCAUUACGCAUUACGCGCGUUUCCAUCAACGCAACUGUACUUGGAGUACGCUCGGAGUUGGCAACAAGGACACGAAGUAGAGAAAGCGCUAUCUAGAAUUUCUCCCCUUGUCUGUGUCGCUCCGUCGCAACCGCUGGCCUUGCCACAGUGAAGCUCGGCAAGAUGUUCAUCGAAGAUGAUGCCCAAAUGGAUAGCUUCUGGGUGCAGAGUGCACUGGGCGCCAUCAAGGCAAUUGCCUUUGUCUACGACAUUAUAACGCUGCCGGUUUAUUUGGUAAUACAGGCGCCAUGGAAACGUCGACAGGACUCGAGGCGAGUCAAGGCCACGCUCAUAAGCAAGAAAUUGUUGGUCGAUGAGCCCUCCAAGUACGCCGCGGAUGACAUUGAGGCGAAGAUUAUCAAGAACGAAGAAACUGAGCUGACAUACCGCACCACGGAACCGCCGCGCGAUGUGCAUGUGAAGAUGCUGCAGGAGAACAUCGAUACGUUGGAAAAGGUCUUCAAUUACGUGGCCAAGACGCACUCGACCAAACGCUGCCUGGGCACCCGCCAGAUACUGAGCGAGGAGGACGAGACACAGCCAAACGGACGCGUUUUCAAAAAGUACAACAUGGGCGACUACAAAUGGAAGAACUUUAUCGAGGCGGAGCGUAUGGCGGCCAGCUUUGGACGUGGACUGCGCGAACUUGGCCAGGCCCCGCGACAAAACAUUGUCAUCUUCGCCGAGACUCGCGCCGAGUGGAUGAUAGCUGCCCAUGGUUGCUUUAAACAGGCCAUGCCCAUUGUAACCGUCUACGCCACACUUGGCGAUGACGGCGUCGCCCACUGCAUCACCGAAACCGAAGUAACUACUGUCAUCACCUCGCACGAUCUGUUGCCGAAGUUUAGGACUUUGCUGGACAAAUGCCCAAAUGUCGACACCAUCAUUUAUAUGGAAGAUCAGCUGCACAAGACCGACACAAGUGGAUUCAAGGAAGGUGUUAAGAUUCUGCCAUUUGCUCAAGUUGUGAAAAUUGGAAACGACAGCAAAUUUGAGAACGUGCCACCAAAGGGCGAGGACAUUGCCAUCAUCAUGUAUACUUCCGGCUCAACGGGCACUCCAAAGGGUGUUCUGCUGUCGCACAAGAAUUGCAUUGCAACAAUGAAGGGCUUUUGUGACAUGGUUAGCAUUUAUCCGGAAGACGUGUUGAUUGGUUUUCUGCCCCUGGCGCAUGUGUUCGAGCUUGUCGCGGAGAGCGUUUGCCUUAUGACCGGCGUCUCCAUUGGUUACUCAACGCCGCUGACGCUAAUCGACACGAGCAGCAAAAUCAAGCGCGGCUGCCAGGGUGAUGCCUCCGUGCUGAGGCCUACGUGCAUGACUUCCGUACCUCUGAUACUCGAUCGCAUCUCUAAGGGCAUCAACGACAAGGUCAACUCUGGCUCUGCAUUCAGGAAAGCGCUCUUCAAGUUUCUCUACCAGUACAAAGUCAAGUGGAUACAGCGCGGUUAUCAGACGCCAUUGAUCGACAAGCUGGUCUUCAAGAAGGUGGCUAAGCUAAUGGGCGGCAGGGUGCGCAUUAUAAUGUCCGGCGGUGCGCCGCUCUCGGCCGACACUCACGAACAGAUCAAGACGUGCCUGUGCGUGGAAUUGAUACAAGGCUAUGGCCUGACAGAGACCACAUCUGGCGCAACUGUGAUGGACGCUCGCGACAUGACCUAUGGACGAACUGGAGGACCUUUGACUGUUUGCGACAUUCGGCUGGUUAAUUGGGAAGAGGGCCAUUAUCGUGUUACCAACAAACCCUAUCCACAGGGUGAGGUACUCAUCGGUGGCGACUGCGUAUCGCAAGGCUACUACAAACUGCCCGGUAAAACCAACGAGGACUUUUUUGAUGAAGAUGGACGCCGUUGGUUCAAAACCGGCGAUAUUGGAGAAGUGCAAUCCGAUGGCGUACUUAAGAUAAUUGAUCGUAAAAAGGAUUUGGUUAAGCUGCAGGCUGGUGAAUAUGUUUCCUUGGGCAAGGUCGAAUCAGAGUUGAAGACGUGUGGCUUUAUUGAGAACAUUUGCGUUUAUGGUGAUCCGACAAAACAAUAUACCGUCGCGCUGGUCGUGCCGAAUCAGAAACAUCUUGAAGAGUUGGCCGAACGGAAUGGGCUUAAAAACAAAACGUUUGAAGAGUUGUGCUCAUCGCCAAUCAUGGAGAAGGCCAUACUCAAGGAAAUAAGCGAACAUGCGAGAAAAUGUAAAUUACAGAAAUAUGAGGUGCCUGCCGCCAUUACGCUGUGCAAGGAAGUUUGGUCCCCGGAUAUGGGCCUAGUGACGGCUGCUUUCAAGCUGAAGCGCAAGGACAUUCAAGACAAAUAUCAGCACGACAUUAAUCGCAUGUACGCUUCAUGAAAGUCAAUGUACUAAAGUAACAGGAGCAGCAGUGAAGCCAAUUGUGUACUAAAUAUAAACAAUUGUUUUAGUAUAGCUCAAAAGGAAACAUGCGUUAUUGAAACCAAACUAGCUUAAGUACGAAAAUAUCUAAAAACCAAAUAGACACACAUCAACGGCUUCGCCUGUAAAGAGAAAACUUGUGUUUAGAAAUUGAUUGAUUUUAUGAGCUCUUUCGCUUAUCUAUUAUAAUAAAACAUGUAUUGAGUUUUUAGACUUAUGAA